GCCACGGACGGACGUACGAAGCGCUCCCAGUCGAUAUGCGCGCCGGCCUCCGCGAGCAUGGAGGCGCUGGCAGCUCCCGCCGAGACCACGCCGGCGCCGCGUCGCCGUCCAGCCGCGCGAUCUCAGUCCGCGCGCAUCACCGGUGGUCGCUCCGUGCGACACCGCCGUCAGCAGCAGCAGCAACAGCUCGACCGCGAGACCAGAGCCCGUUACAGCUCCGAACCGCGUCUGGCAGAGACCGAAACACCGCCACAGGUCCGUCGUCAGGCCUCAGCUCGCCGCCGUCCUCCUGCUGCCCAACACGCCCAGCCCCGUCGCUCCAACGCCUUCCUCGACGUACCUCGCACAGCACACCAGCCCGAAGAAGAGCCGGACGAGGACUCCUACCGACUCCGAUCCUUCAACAUCACGCAGAAAGGAGGAAUCGUGAAUCGUGGUGAUUCAUUCCGGCGCCGUCGCUCACGGUCUGGCAGCUUAGCUCCAUCCUCGCCAGCUCAAGCAGCACCAGAAUCCGAAGAACGACGGCCGGUAGCCUGUCAUCGAGUGGCCAUGAUCGGAGCGCCCGGCGUUGGGAAAACCGCCCUAAUCAGCCAAUUUCAGACCACCGAGUGUAUCAAUGCCUACGAUAGGCAAAGGGAUGUCGACAGCUCAGAACAGAAGGUUUCUAUACUCCUUAACGGGGAAGAAUCAGAGCUUUAUUUCGUGAACUGCACCAGUGCUAAGGAAGAAAUCGACAGAUCAGAGCCUCCAGAUGCCUUCGUGGUGAUCUACUCUGUAGUGGACAAGGCUUCCUUCCAGAAAGCUGAGCAGGAACUAGCCAGGUUACUGGACUUCGACAUGCUGCGUGCUCGACCAGCGUUGCUUGUGGGAAACAAGAUAGACCUGGCAAGGAGUAGGGCCGUCUCCACACAAGACGGAAAAUGUCUUGCGUGUACAUACAAGGCAAAGUUCAUAGAGGUAUCUGUCGGGAUUAACCACAACGUUGACGAGCUCCUUGUCGGCAUCCUCAACCAGAUCCGACUGAAGAAGCAGCACUACUCAGCAGAGGGCGGCAGGGAAUCGUCUCCGGCACACUGGUACAAGUCCAGGGGCGUCGUUCGGGCCAGUAUGAAGGCCAGACAGAUGUUCACGUGGAUCUUCGGCAAGGAAGACACCAAGUUCAAGAACUGUGAGAACUUACACGUCCUGUGAGUGGAGAAUGACGGCCCUGUGUUCGUUUGAAGGACUUUAUGUGCGUGUGUGCGUUUGUAUUGAACACAGGUCGUUUUGUGUGUGUCGGUCGGUUUUUAGGAUGAGGUUAUGCCAUAAUGAUUCAAUGUCUUCUAAAUGUAAAAAAACUAAAGCUAAAACUUGUCUUCUAUGAAAAGUAGCGGCUCGGUUGUGCCUUUGGCUUUGACAAUCUCCAUGAGCUACUUAAUCAUUUCAGUCAAGUUCCCUUUUGACCUAUAGUCGUGCCAAUACAAAGCGUUUUGUUUCUAAUCACAUACGUAAGAAUCUAUUUGGUCAGAAAAUUGUAUUUAAAUUUCGAAAUGUGUUUGUUCCGUAUAUGUUCCGUUGAUUCCCUAAACCGGAUUCCCUUAUCCAUACAAUUAUAAUUAAUUAUGCUAAUAACAGAUCUGAAUCAUUACAGUAAAACUUCGUUCCAAGAGAACGUAACAAAUAUCUAUAAAUUAACAUGUACCUAUUAUUCAAACUUAGUUAGUACAUUUAUCUAUAUUAUAUUAAUCGUAGUGAAUUAUAAAAUGUAACGCCAAGUUUUACGGUUUUUAUCAUAGUCAUUAUUACGUGCCAAGUUUUUGAGAGAAUUUAAUAGUAGUAUUAUAUAAUAAUACGUAGUUCAUAGUUCAUUAAGAUAGGUUAAGAUUUCUUUCAGUAUUUUAAUAAAAUGAUGCAAGUUUUAAUGAUGUUUUCGACAAAUAAGCUUGUCUAAAUAAAACGGCUGUCGUUGUACCAUAGUUAUUAUCAUGGAACAGAAUCUCUUUGAAGAAACACUCCU